ACAAUUUUCUGAGAAGAAAAAGAUUUAAAAAACAAAAGAUGAAAACGAUUAUACUUUUUGUAACAUUUCUUGCUCUUUCUUCUUCAUCUCUAGCAGCCGAUGAGACGGAGACAGAAUUUCAUUACAGAAAAGGAGAAGAAGCCGAUCCCUCGAAAUGGAGUACUAUCAAGAAAGAAUGGAGAAUUUGCGGGACGGGGAAGAGGCAAUCACCAAUCGAUCUUUCUCCAAAAAUAGCUCGCGUAGUUCACAAUUCUACAGAGCUUAUUGAGACAUAUUACAAACCAGUAGUAGCUACUCUUCAGAACCGUGGAUACGACAUCAUGGUUUCAUGGGAAGACGACGCAGGGAAGGUCGUGAUCAAUAAGACCGACUAUAAAUUGGUUCAAAGCCAUUGGCACGCGCCUUCAGAGCAUUUCCUUAAUGGAGAAAGAUUGGCCAUGGAACUUCACAUGGUACAUAAAAGCAAAGAAGGACACUUAGCAGUUAUCGGAGUUCUCUUUAGAGAAGGAAAACCGAAUGCUUUCAUUUCACGGAUAAUGGACAAGAUCAACUCGAUCGCAGACAUACAAGGUGGAAAGGCAAGCAUAGGAAAAAUAGAUCCAAGAGAGUUCGGAUGGGAUCUUACAAAAUUCUAUGAAUAUAGUGGUUCGCUCACGACUCCUCCUUGCACGGAAGAUGUUAUUUGGACCAUCAUCAACAAGGUCGGGACUGUUUCACGUGAGCAGAUUGUUUCUGUAGUGGAUGCUCGUCGCGGGGGUUUUGAGGCGAACGCAAGACCGGCCCAACCGCUGUAUAGACGUACGGUUUAUCUAAAUGAACAGUCCACUCCAUCAGAACACUAAAUUUGUCUACAUUAGGACAAGGCAGCUCCUCCGAGCCCUGAUUUCCAUACAAGGAAAAUUCGAAAAAAUAACACUUUUUUCUUUUCUUUUUAGAACAUAUAUAAAUAUACUUUUGAUUAAAAGUCAGAAACAAAGCAAUUGCGGAUA